AUGGCCGACGAUGAAUCAAAUGCCGAAAACAAACCCGAAGAAACAACAGAUUCCUUCAAAACACAAGCGACCCUGGACACGGUAGCUGGACAAGAAGAAGAGAAAAAGAUCGAAGAAAAGGAAGAUAGCUCAAAAAUGACGGAUGCAGAUGUACCGACACUGGAGAAAGAGAAAACAUUUGUCGAUUCUGAAAAUUUCAAAGAUGAUCCGUACAGUGAGCCAUUACCAGAUCCAUAUGGAAGAGCUAUCAAAUAUCUAGAGAAACAUAAUAUAAUGCAGUUAUUUCAGUCAUUAACUAGUAAAAUAGUUUACCAUAAACCAGAUGAUCCUAUCAGUUAUUUAAUGUCAGAGGUCAGUAGGAUUAAACAGGAAAGAGAUGCUAAUAAACAGGAAGAUGGAAACCAAGCAGCAAUUAAUUAAUCAAUUCACUCAAAAUAAAUGUAUGAUGCUAGAUCUAAAUGCUGGGAACCCUUUUCAAUCUAUGUGCCAACAAACAAUAGUAUUGGGUUUUACAAUCACUUUUGCAUCAGAUUUUAAACAUUAAAACUUAGUGUGUUGGGCUAUUUCCUUCUUUUUGUUAGAUCAUGGACUGUUGAAACUUCACCACAUCCUCUUUAAUGUCUUGGAUCAAAUUGUUUUGCUGAUCUGGUAUAAACCUGUUCAAUUAGCUCAGAACCUUACAUAUCUUUUUAAAGUCAACUCAUAACCAACAGAUAAAACACACAGAAUAAAACAACCAGUCUUCGAGUUAGACUGUUUCAUUGUUACCUUAGAUAGGACUGUCGAAAUGUCAAAAUGUUAUGGAUCAAUUCAUAAGUGUCAAAAUUUCAACAUAUACCAAAGACCCAGUUAAGAAAUGCAUGUUUUACAUAUUGUUCUUCCUAUGGUAUAUUUUAUUUGUUUCAGUGUAUAUUGAUAAUAAUGAGAUUAAUUGUAGAAUAUCAAAUAUAUUAAAUAUUAACAUAGUUUUAAUUAUUGUGAUAUGUAUAUUAUUUUUAUAUAAUCUGUGUUAAAAUUAUAGUUUACAAUUUCUUGUUUGUUUUAUUUCAAUUUAAGAGCAAAAGAAACCUAAUUUAUUGGUC